AUGGAUAAAGAAGACGGUGACGACCAGACAUCCGUCAACGUGUCGCUUCCCGUACCGUUACUGGACGACAGUACGAACUGGCACUACUACGUGGAAGAGACGGUGGACAAAAGUCGCAGACGGAAGUUCAAGAACCUGCUGCUCGAAUUCUGCGACAGCACCACCGCCCAUGGCAUCCCUCGCAUCGGCUCGGCGGACUCCAGGAAAGCGGGCACUUUCUGGACCGUCGUCUGCGUCAUCUGUUUCGUGCUGGUCGUUUUCCAGUCAAUUCUGAUCAUAACGAAGUUCCUUCGUUUCGACACGACCACGCAGAUUGAGGACUUUCGCUGUGGUUACUUGCCCAACGUAGGUGAGAUGGCUGAUUGGACUGUUUGGCUUGUACGAAGCGUCUGUGGUCAGCCGUUUGAUGUCGAUCUUCUUCGUGGGCACUAUUUUCAGUACGCCUCUUUUCCUUUGGAUUUAUGCUGCAGCUCUGAUUAUGGUUUUCAUCCAGUGAUCGAGUGUUACUGCCUUACUCUGUCGAUUUCAAUCGAUGGUUUGAGGCACAGCGGCAUUCUUGUGUUGCAAGCGAUGGAUCUUCGUCGCAUCAUCAAGUAG